AUGAGGUGGGAGAAGUUUCAGCAGCAGCAACCCACUCAGCACCAUUGGGAGAAGCUUCACACCUGCAAUUCCAUCAGAAGCGAGAGGUUUCUCUACGUUUUCGGUGGCUAUGGCAAGGACAAUUGUCACACCAACCAAGUUCAAGUGUUCGACACUGAAACCAUUGUCUGGAAGGAGCUAAGUACGACAGGCCAGAAGCUGCCACCCCGAGUGGGACAUUCCACCAUUGCUCUUAGCAAGAACCUGUUUGUUUUUGGGGGAUUUGCUAAUUCUCAAAAUCUAUACGAUGGUGCAUACAUGCUUGAUCUUGAGUCUGCCAUGUGGACAAGGAAGAGAUCAGUGGAUGAAAGUGGUGGCGCUGAGUUGAAUGGUCAUUAUGCCAGCAAAUCAAAGGCAUCUAGAAUCACUAACCAGGAUGCAAUUGAUCGGCUUCAAGCUGAUGGUGCUCAUAAGGAGUCUACAUUGCAAGAUCCAAGUGCAGAAGCUACUGUUGCUGCUAAUGUGAAAAGUCUAGCUUCUUCUGAUGUCUCUCAACGCAAAGAGAGUGGUGGAAACCAAGAACCAACAGCCACUCUGAAUUUGAAUGAUAAUAUGAUGAGUGAUACACCAGACUCCGCUAUUGAUAUUAAAAAAGAUACUUGUGCUGCUUCAACUGCUACGACUACUACUAAUCAGUUGCUUUUUCCUUAA